GCGCAAAGCGGUGAUUUCCCCCAUCUUCUUGUCUAUGGACCAUCUGGUGCAGGAAAAAAGACCAGGAUAAUUGCCACACUCAAAGAGCUAUAUGGACCGGGUGUCGAGAAAAUCAAGAUAGAUGCUCGGGUGUUCCAGACCAGCAGUAACCGCAAGCUCGAAUUCAACAUUGUAUCCUCUAUAUAUCACCUUGAACUCACGCCAUCGGAUGUGGGGACUUACGACCGUGUCGUUGUCCAGGAGCUUCUCAAGGAAAUAGCGCAGACGCAGCAGGUAGAUCAAUCUGCCAAACAGCGGUUCAAGGUCGUGGUUAUAAAUGAGGCAGACCAUCUUACCAGAGACGCCCAGGCGGCACUAAGAAGAACCAUGGAAAAAUACAGUCCAAACAUGCGAUUGAUUCUGCUUGCCAACACUACUGCCAAUAUCAUUGCUCCAAUUCGAUCAAGAACCCUGCUAGUCCGGGUACCUGCUCCUUCUGAAGACGAUAUAUGCCAAGUUCUGAAGCUAGCCGGGAAGAAAGAAGGCUGGAAUGAUUGUCCUGGACUUAACAAGCGACUAGCUAAGGAGAGCGGAAGGAACCUGCGACGAGCUUUAUUAAUGUUUGAAGCUGUUCAUGCACAGAAUGAGAAAGUUUCAGAUAACACGCCAAUUCCACCACCAGAUUGGGAAGCACUGAUAUCUGUGGUGGCUGAUGAGAUCAUGGCAGAGAGAUCGCCGGCUAGAAUACUCCAAGUCAGAGCCAGGCUGUAUGACCUACUGACCCAUUGCAUACCACCAACUACCAUUCUAAAGAAUAAAGAUGGGAAGCGUAUGUCCAUGCUAUGCCAAUUCUUUGAAAUCAAUGCUGACAAGAUAUUGCUACUGUUCAGAAAGUUAUAUUCCACCUUGAAGCUUUUGUAG